AUGCAAUUCAAGUCUAUCUUUGUUCUGUCUAUAGUGUCUACUGCAGCUACUGCAGCUCCUGUGGAGGAUAUUGAGACGAGACAAGCAAGUUGUCCUGUUGCUACCGCACCCUAUUGCUGUGACUCGUACCUCGCAAUCAAUAUCCCCAACAUCAUCAACGGAAUUGGGCUGGGUCAUUGUGUUGCACGGGUCGACCCUGAGAAAUGUGGUGAGGGUGGGAAGCCAAAAGUGGGCAUCUGCUGCCAGUAUCCAAAUCUUUCUUCCGGCAGCGUUACUUGUUUACCUUUCGCCCUUCCAGCAUAG